AUGGCCUUCACGGGGCUCGUUGGAGCUAGCGAUCCAGACAUUCUAUUUGACUACAUUGUGCCACCUAACGUCACCAUAGUAGACGGUAAUUUCUUCACCUACACAAAAAUCCGUGGAUUUUUUGAUGUGCAAAAUUCAACUGACACUAAAUCAAUGGCCGCUAGCAUGGUGGAAUUCCCAGCUUUAAAUGGUCAAAGUGUUUCGUUUUCAAUUCUUCAACUGGCCCCUGGAGGAGUGAGUGCACCCCACACCCGACCCCACGCAACCGGCCUAUUUUUGGUGUUGGCUGGUCAGUUUGAGGUUGGUUUUGUGGAUACUAGUAAUAAACUUUACACACAAACACUAGAAACCGGAGAUAUGUUUAUUUUUCCAAAAGGACUAGUUCAUUAUCAGUAUAAUCCUGAUAUGAAGAAACCGGCAGUGGGUGUUGCUGGAUUCGGUAGUGCAAGUGCCACCGUGGUUUCAGUUCCGAAAACUUUGUUUGAAACAAAUAUUGAAGAUGAAGUUCUUGCCAAGUCUUUUAAAACCAGUGUUGCCAUAAUUCAGAAACUCAAGAAAGGUCUUGGAAGCAAGGUUUUGGCCAAUAAUUAG